GUGGCGCCAUCAGGCGGCGCUGGUGUCUCCCGCGCGCAGUUUCCGAUCUUUCCGCGGCCGUUCGCGCUGCUUUAUAGGUUAUGCUCUCUUGCAUUUGUUCGUUUUUGUUUGACGAAUCGCUGCAUUAUCUCCCGUGGUCCCGUGUAUAUAAUACGUGUUUACGCGUUUUCUCGAAGAGACGGAUACGCACAAAAAUAAACAGCUCGACGACGACGCUUCUCCUUCUCCUCGAGUAGAGAUAAUUUUUCGCACCGCAGCCAAGAUGAGGUAACCGCGGAAAGAACGAAAACGACGACGAGAGAAUUUCUGGGGACGAGAGGAUCUUACUUCUUCUGGUUUUUUUACCGAGUACGCACUUGAACAAGAAAGCAAGAUGAAUGUUUUGUGCGCAAUUUGUCAAGAUCUGCUUGAAUCGUCCCACGAUAUUUUCGUGACGCCCUGCGGACACGUCUUUCACUUCCCCUGUCUCGUACAAUGGCUGGAAAAAUCACAGAGUUGUCCACAAUGUAGACAAACAACAAGAAAAGACAGAAUCACAAGAGUAUAUUUUACUUCAUCCAACGCAGAUGUCAUAAAGGAGGAUUCAUGCACUCUACAGCAAAAGGUUGAUAGUCUUUCCUUCCAAGUUGAGCUCAAGAAGAAAGAAUUAUCGAACUGUAGGGAAGAGAAUGUGACGUUGAAAAGGCAAAACAGUGGACUCCGAGAAGAGGUGAAAAAAAACGAAAGCAUUAUUAAUGACAAAAAUGCUGUCAUUAGGGCAAUGAAGGAGCAAAAUCAAUAUUAUCAAGCCAAAUUUGAUGAUUAUAACAAAAUAAAAAGUGAAAAAAUUGAGUUACAAAAGAAAGUAGAUCUAUAUGAAAACAUAAAAGUGUUACUGCUUGGAACUGUUGCUGAAGUCGAACAACUACUAAAGAAAAGUACAGAUCAAGCCACACUGGUAACUUAUGUUGCCAUUAUGAAAAAGGAGUUAGAAGCGACUCUCGACAAGAGAAGAGAGCUUAGAAGUACCGUAAAGAGACUACAGCAUGAAUUGCAAACGUCAAAAAUGAAACGAGAUUCUUACAACAAUAAUUGCGCGAAACGAGUGGAACAACUAGAAGAAGAGUUAGUAAUGUGUCGAAGCGAAAAGGAAGAGCUUCAGAGGCGGUUAAAGGAAUCGAAAAAUGGAAAUGGAGCAAGGGACGUCGAAGAAAUUAUUAAUUUAACAUCUGAAAUUCCUCCAUCGCGUAAACGCGAAACUGAUAUCGCAUCUGAUUUCGAUGAGAUAUUACCGAAAAAAAUCAGGAAAGGUCUUCUGGUAAAAACCAAGUCAAACUCUACUGUUCACCAAGAUGACUCAGAUGUUGUGAUAGUUUCGCCGACCGUGAAGAAGACUAAGGAAAACGAGGAAAACUCGCCGUAUCUUCCUACCAAGUCCAAAAGUAUAAUGGCGUUGAAAGAAAGGCAUGGACAACGUGGUUCUUUUACUAUUACAUCGAAGCGCCCUGCUGGUUUGUCUAACCUUGUAUCAUCGAAGACUCGGUUGGAGAGGGGCGAAACUUUCGAUGGAUUUGGAGGCCAUUCAAGGGUUGACACUUUCCCGGUCCCCAAAAGUUCUCCCAACAAGUUAAAAAGAUCUGCGAGUGAUCUUCCGAAAAAUAAGAAGCCAAAGCUCGACGUCAGUAAAAACAAGCAUAUCGACGAGUACUAUUCAACGUUGAUAUAGAAGUUAGUUCAACUUAUUCUUAUUUAAUCUUAAAUACCGAUUUCGACGAUAAAAGAUGCUUGCAUGAAAUUGUGAAGUUCUUGAAAGAAGACUUCACAGUUGACAAAAAGUGAGAGUUACUCUGUCUUUGAUAAAGACUUGAAGAUUUUAACACACUGCUAUACAAUAUAAAGUUAAAGCUUCGACAGCGAGCUGAAAAAUAAUACGCGAAUUAUACUUGUUAUAUAAUAAUAUUCGUGAUCAAAUACUCUCUGAACUUUAUACUGCCCCAGUGGAACUCUAUUUUCUCAUGCUACGAAUUGUUCAUAAGUAUGUAAAAUUUGAGAUGUAUAUAUUACUCGUAGUAUAGUGUCGUGAUGUGCAAAAAUUUGUCGUAUAUUAGCUUUAAGACAGUGUUAAUCCAUUUGCUGCCUGUUGCACCAUGCAUUGUAAUCCAACUGAAGAUAAAUUGGUUUCAAACGUUCAUUUGAAAUCAACCCUGUCACAUUGUAGUUUUGACAACAGUCUGUUUCCUAAUCAGCUCUUGUGAUCUGCGUCUCGCAAUAGUUCGUCAAAGAAUAUUAAUCGACAAGAACGAAUCAUUUGUAAAACAAAAAUAGAGUCGUCAGUCAUGCAUGCCUGCGCCAAUUCGAAUGCCCAAUGAGAGCUAAAAUACAAAUAGACGCUGGAGUCUUAAUAAGGGACAUUUGCAACGGUCUAUAAUAAUCGUUAGUUGGUUGAUAUUAGUUGUUAAGUCUUAACUUAUUGAAGCAUACUGUGAAUAAUGACUAUUUUAUAUGAAAAUAAAGGAUCGUCUUCGACUUGUCGAACGAAAAAGCAACGAUA